AUGACCGAGCCGGCGGCGCUCCGCGCGGCUUCCCCCAGGGAAGAAGGCGAGCUCGAAGACGGGGAGCUCAGCGACGACAGCGUCCGCCCGGAGAGCCCCAAGCCCGUCAGACCGAGAGCGACCAACCGCGGCCCCCCCGCCGGCUACCCUCACCGGGCCCGCCCGCCCCGCCCGCCGCCCCCGCAGCAGCCGCAGCACGGUUACCGGUUACCCAAGGAGCAGUACCGGCCGCCCCCGCCCCGCAUGCAGCCCCAGCCCGGGGACGGCGGCCAGAGGCCCUCCUUCUGGGAGCGCAGCCAUGGCACGCUGGGCCGCUUCCGCUCCAGGCCGGGCUGGGUGGGCCGGGGCCUCGGGGGCCGCUUCCCUGAGAGAAACUGGGGGGACCGGGCGGGGAGAGGCAGCGGCCAGAGACCGAGCAGCAGCUCCAACUGGCCGGAACCUUCCCCGAGAAAGAGUAUCCUUCACCCAGAAACCACGUGUGGGCCCAACAGGGAACAUAGCAUAUAAUAUACAAUACAAUACAAUACAUACUGCAUACAGGGAAUAUAUAAUAUAAUAUACUGCAUACAGGGAAUAUAUAGAAUAUAAUAUAUACUGCAUACAGGGAAUAUAUAGAAUAUAAUAUAUACUGCAUACAGGGAAUAUAUAGAAUAUAAUAUAUACUGCAUACAGGGAAUAUAUAGAAUAUAAUAUAUACUGCAUACAGGGAAUAUAGAAUAUAAUAUAUACUGUUUACAGGGCCUGGAAUUAUAGCAUAUAUACACUGUUUACAGGGCCUGGGAUUAUAGAAAAAAUAAAUAAAUAUAUAUAUAUAUAAUGUCCAAAUACUUGCACUCCUGUGAUAGUAGGUUAGUGCCUGGUGCUGAUAAGGCAAAUAACAUAAAAAAUAAAGUAAUAGGUAAUAGCACUCCAAGGACUUCAAAAAGUAUAAGGUGAAAAACUUAGCUUUUAUUCAGCAGCUGCCACACAGAAUCGACGUUUCAGUUCUAAUACAGAACUUUCAUCAGGAUCCUGAUGAAAGUUCUGUAUUAGAACUGAAACGUCGAUUCUGUGUGGCAGCUGCUGAAUAAAAGCUAAGUUUUUCACCUUAUACUUUUUGAAGUCCUUGGAGUGCUAUUACCUAUUACUUUAUUUUUUAUAUAUAUAUAUAUAUAUAUAUAUAUACCGCUUACAGGGUCUGGGAUUAUGGCAUAUGUACCGCUUACAGGGUCUGGGAUUAUGGCAUGUGCACCACUUACAGGGCCUGGGAUUAUGGCAUAUGUACAGUUUACAGGGCCUGGGAUUAUGGCAUAUGUACAGUUUACAGGGCCUGGGAUUAUGGCAUAUGUACCUUUUACGGGGCCUAGGAUUAUGGCACAUGUACCGCUUACAGGGCCUGGGAUUAUGGCAUAUGUACUGUUUACAGGGCCUGGGAUUAUGGCAUAUGUACUGUUUACAGGGCCUGGGAUUAUGGCAUAUGAACUGUUUACAGGGCCUGGGAUUAUGGCAUAUGUACUGUUUACAGGGCCUGGGAUUAUAGAAUAUGUACCGCUUACAGGACCUGGGAUUAUAGAAUAUAUACUGCUUACAGGGCCUGGGAUUAUAGAAUAUAUACUUCUUACAGGGUUUAGGAUUAUAGAAUAUAUACUUCUUACAGGGUUUGGGAUUAUAGAAUAUAUACUUCUUACAGGGCCUGGGAUUAUAGAAUUUAUAAUGCUUGCAGGGAUUAUAGAAUUUAUAAUGCUUGCAGGGAUUAUAGAAUUUAUACUGCUUGCAGGGAUUAUAGAAUUUAUACUGCUUGCAGGGAUUAUAGGAUAUAUGCUGUUUACAGGGAUUAUAGAAUAUAUACCGUUUACAGGGCAUGGGAUUAUGACAUAUGUACCGUUUACAGGGCCAGGGAUUAUGGCAUAUGUACCGCUUACAGGGCCUGGGAUUAUGGCAAAUGUACCGCUUACAGGGCCAGGGAUUAUGGCAAGUGUACCGCUUACAGGGCCAGGGAUUAUGGCAAAUGUACCGUUUACAGGGCCAGGGAUUAUGGCAAAUGUACCGCUUACAGGGCCUGGGAUUAUGGCAUAUGUACCGUUUACAGGGCCUGGGAUUAUGGCAUAUGUACCGUUUACAGGGCCUGGGAUUAUGGCAUAUGUACCGCUUACAGAGCCUGGGAUUAUGGCAUAUGUACCGUUUACAGGGCCUGGGAUUAUGGCAUAUGUACCGUUUACAGGGCCUGGGAUUAUGGCAUAUGUACUGCUUACAGAGCCUGGGAUUAUGGCAUAUGUACCGUUUAUAUUAUAGAAUAUUCUUAUAUUAUAGCAUAUAUAACGCUUACAGGGUCUGGGAUUAUCGCAUAUGGGAUAUAUAAUAUACAGGUUACAGGGUCUUUAAACCUAGUGUGUUCUCCCAUAGACAUAGAACACAUAGAUGCCGCACGUCUAUGGCAUUGUGUGCUGAGCGUCGAGGAAUGCCGCCAUCUUGGACCGGUCGCCGUUCUACUGAAGCUAUUUAAGAACCCUUAGAAAGUCCAUCUCUCAAAAGGUGAAGGACUUGGGGCACUUAUAGUCCUUAAUACCCCUAGUCCUACCCCUUUAUACCCCUACCCCUUAAUAUCCCAAGUCCUGCCCUUUAAUACUCCUACCCCAUGUCAUUAAUACCCUACAGUGUUAAUACCUCUACCCCAGCCUAUCCCAGCACACAUAGUUCUUAAUACCUCUACCCCAGCACACACAGUGUUAAUACACCUAGUGCUGGGGUAGGGGUAUUAACACUGUAGGGGUAUUAAUGACAUGGGGUAGGGGUAUUUGGGACUAAGUGGUAGGGGUAUUAAGGACUAUAAGUGCCCCAAGUCCUUCACUUACCUUUGUGAGAUGGAUUUUCUAAGGGUUCUUCAAUAGCUUCAGUAGAGCGGCGACUGGUCCAAGGUGGCGGCCGCAUUCCUCGCCGCUCAGCACACAAUGCAGCGUCUGUGUUCUCCCCCUUCCUCUCUUUGUGCCCUAACUCCCGCCUCCAUAGCUUAGAUGCCUUUAUUUUAUUUUUUUAAUUCCCUCAAUCACUUGCUAUGCUGACAUUAAGAUUAAACCUUAUACCUGCAUUUCUACACAAGCUUUGCUAAUACAUACUUUUUAAACACUUCUUAGUGAUUAACAAAACCUAAAAGGGACACUCUAUAAGCACCAUAACCAGUAAAGCACAUUCUUUUAUGAGUUAUCAUAAUGCACUAGUAGGAAUUUCUGCUUUAUUGUAGCCACUCAAGCCAUAAGGGCCAUAGGUGUUGAGACGUCAAGUUUAAUGUCAAACCAUUCAUAUAAAUGUUUCAUAAAUUAUCACUGGAUGGUGCAUGGGGACUCCUAGCACCAUAUAGCACGUUGUAGUGGUUUUAGUGCUUGGUGACCCCUAAAGGGACACUAUAGUCACCAGAACAACUACAGCUUAUUGAAUUUGUUCUGGUGAAUAGAAUCAUUACCUUCAGGCUUUUUGCUGUAAACAUUGUCUUUUCACAGAAAAUGCAGUGUUUACAUUACAACCUAGUGAUCACUUCACUGGCCACUCCUCAGAUGGCUGUUAGGUGCUUCCUGGGUCAUGGCUGCAUAAAAUGCACCCAAACAUUCAGUAUCUCCUCCCUCUGCAUGCAGACACUGAACUUUCCUCAUAGAGAUUCAUUGAUUCAAUUCAUCUCUAUGAGGAGAUGAUGAUUGGCCAGGGCUGUGUUUGAAUCAUGCUGGCUCUGCCCUUGAUCUGCCUCUUUGUCAGUCUCAGCCAAUCCUAUGGGGAAGCAUUGUGAUUGGAUCAGACUACCGCUUCUGAUGUCAGCAGACUGCUUGUUUUUCUGAGACAAACAACAUGCAGAGUUACAGCUUCAAGCUUGAAUACAGUAAGAUUUUGCUAUGUUUAAGGAGGCAUGAGAGCCAAAGGGGGCUAGAUGGUGGUGUUAAAGGGACUCUCCAGUGCCAGGAAAACAAUCUGUUUUACUGGCACUGCAGGUCCCCUCUCCCUCCCACCACCCAUCCCCGGCUGUUGAAGGGGUGAAAAGCCCUUCAGUGAGUUACCUGAGACCCCCGCCGAUGUCUCUCGGCGGUGGUUCCGGGUCGCUGACGCUCCUCCCCUUUAAUACGUCAGCCGGCGGGGGAGACUGAUCGAUCCCGCUGGCUGAGGAGAUCUAACGUGCAUGCACAUUAGAGUUUUCCAUAGGAAAGCAUUGAAAAUGCUUUUCAAUGCUUUCCUAUGGGGAAUUGAGCGACGCUGGAGGUCCUCACACAGCGUGAGGACGUCCAGCGACGCUCUAGCACAGAAAACCUGUGCUAUGAUGCAGGAAGUGCCCUCUAGUGGCUGUGUUGUAGACAGCCACUAAAGGAGGAGUUAACCCUGCAAGGUCAUUUAUUGCAGUUUAUAAAAACUGCAAUAAUUAUAGUUGCAGGGUUAGGUGAAUUGGUCUGGGUGCCUGGAGUGUCCCUUUAACAUUAUAGGGUCAGGAAUACGUGUUUGUGUUCCUGACCCUAUAGUGAUCCUUUAAAUUGCAUCUGACUCACCACAAUGAAACAUAAUCAUUGCUCUCAUUGACAGAAAACAGUAGGGUACACUUGCAAUCACAGGACCAACAUAAAUUCUGCCUAAUACUGAUCAUUUUCUUUCCAUUGUACUGUCAUUUUCAAUGCCUAUGUUUUGUAUAAGAUAUAAUUAGCCAUGGUGUAUGUGUGGUAACUAGAAUUCCCUUGAUACAUAGUGUCGUCCUCUGGCACUGAAAGCUCUUUAAGACUUGCAUGAGGCAACAACUUUGUAAUAAUUGUCUGAACUAAUAUGUUUCAAGUAGCUAAUGCCAUGACUGGAUUUAUAUCAAUUUUAAACAAAAUAUGUUUACAGUAAAGGUUUUGAAACACUGCCAAUGUUUUGUUGGGGUACAGUGUCGUGUAGCGCUUUAACCUGGGCAGGGAUGUACAUAUUUACGUUUUCCCAUGCUAGCCAAGGGUCUUUAUUCUAGCACUUUACUGAAACUACACAUGCAUUCAUGAACUGGUUCUUAUUUCCAAACUGACAUUAUUUUUAAUUUGCCAAGUGCCAGGGUGAGAAUUGUUACAGAUCCUUGUUAGCAUAGGAUGCUACAUGUAUAGAUAUAAUAAUAUGCUACUUUGUUUUAAUUAUGUCAGAUGGAUAAUGUUCAGUUCUCUUCAUGUGGUUCUUAAGGACCACUCGAAACCCAUAAAGCUGAAGUGUCUUAUGGGUGAGAAGUAACUUAAAAAAAAAAAAAAAAUGGACUCCAGUUUAUAAAGGUGCCAAUUUCUCAUAAAAAUGGGUACUUUAUUUGAGCACGCCUGCCUUCUCCCCCUGUUGCUGCUCACAGACCUAAGACCAGUGUCCUUCAGACCAGGCACACAUGCACGAAUAUGAGCUGACCCAUGCACAGACUCAGAUGCUUCUCAAUAAGCAAGUCUAAAAAGGGAAGGGCCUGUAAAGGCUGCAGUUAUUAGAAGUGCAGCAUUUGCACAUUCCUUUUAGAUGACUAUAUGCAUAAACAAAUGAAUGCAUGUAUUCUAUGGGAGUAUAUCUACUAAAUAGCGAUGUAUAAAGAUAUAUAUUUUUUCCAACUGUUUUUAGUGUUACUCUAAACAUAGCUUAAAUAGAUACUAUAAGCACCAAAACAUUUUUUAACUCCUUAAGGACUGAUCCAAAUGUACAAGUUUUGAUCAAAAUAAAACUUAAUCAAAACUUGUAAUGUAACCAUAUGUCUGUUCAACCGUUAUUUACCUUUUUUAUAUUAAGUGCACCCACACUACUCCUUGUAUUUAGGAGAAAUAGGGCUUUUAUUUAACAUCAACUAUUUAGCUAUGAAACAUAUUUUAAUAUGAAUAAGAUGUAUAAAAAAAAUGGGAGAAAUGCUUUCCUAUGGACGUCCUGCACGCUAGAUGAGAUUUUCGCAUCCAGCGUCGCAGAAGCGCCUCUAGCGGCUGAGGUUGGAUUAACCAUCACAAGGACCUCGCUAUCACAUGGCUCAGGAUGGCCAGAUUGGCAGCAGGGGGAGUCCCUGGGAUGCCAGGUAAGUCCCCCCCACCCAUGCAUGGCGUGGGCGUGCUAUGCCACCCGACUUCGUUAAGAGCCGGGUCCCGAAGGACGACAUAGCACGCCCACCAUCCACAAGGUGUAAUUAAGCUUUUUGCUUUAUACAUCAGACUCCUGCAGUCUCUCUUCUCAAUUAUCUGCAAUUUAGUAGUUCACUUUUUUCUUCUGUUUCUGCAACCCUAACCACCUCCCCCCAACUGGUACUCGUACUGCUUGAUUUUCAAUCAGAUUGUACAGCACAGUGUGUUUACUUUUAGAUGUUUUUUUUUUUUUUUCCUCCUUGUAAAUUUAACUUUAGUCAUGCACAGGAGGCUUCUGCAGGAUUUUAACAGAGCAGGAAAUAAGAAAUUCUAAAUUAAACACACUUUGCAGUAAAAUAAAAAUUAGAUCUCGCUCUAUAGGAAGUUUGUCACAUUCAGAGGAGUUGUGGCCAGGGCUGCAUAAACAAAAUUAUUUCAUUCCUAAAUGGUAGAAUAUUGGGCAGUGAGACUGCAGAGCCAUGAUAUAAACACCUUGGUGGUCCGUGUCCCUAUAAUAAGUCAAAACCUUGGUGAUGUAUUUCACCUUUGCGUGUUUUUGAUAAGGGGGUAUCCAUCUUAUUUUAUUGGAGUGCACAAUCAACAAAGAAUUUUAUGGAUUGAAUGAAAAAUGAUUGCUGCUACUGAUUUGGAUUUCCUUUAGUUCCCUAUAAACCUUUAACCUGUAUCUCAACCGUAGUAUAUAUCAUCCAGAUAUAUUUGCUUGUCAUAUAUAUUUCAAAUGAAAACCGAACAGUUAAAUUCAAUUUUUCUAUAAUGCAAUCCUUGUUUUAAAAGUAGUAUGUCUGUUUUCUGCUGUUUGCAUUGAAUCAUAACUAUGUGUUCAACUGUAUCGAACAUGAAGACAUGUCAGACAUUUAUUUUGGCAUUAUGCCACCUGCCUCUUCAAACCCAGGUCAUUUUCCAUAUCAAAAUGCCCUCUGUAGUUAUGUUUGCUUGACCAUUCUCUCAGAUAAGAAUUUUGUGAGGUCUCCACUCAGGAAAUCUGCUCACCCUCAAAGAAACGAGAACUGUGAAGAAGAGAGCUUCGAAGAUCUGCUUUUAAAGUAUAAGCAGAUAAAGCUUGAACUUGAAUCCAUUAACAAGGAUGAGAAACUAGUUCUGAACAUACAAGAAAAUAAUAAAGAAGCUGAGCGUGUAGUUACUACCACGACAGAGACAAAUAAUAAAAAAGAAAAAAGUAUUGUAGUUGGUAAUGUAACAGUUUCAACCCCACAAACUGAGGAAAAAGUGGAGAAGCCUCCAGUGAAGGUUUUUCAAGCUUUUGAAAUCAAACCUUUGAAGCAAAAGCUGAAAAUUAUUCCCCAACAAAAGAAACCGAAUAUUGUCGAAGAAACCGAGCAGAAGAAAGACGUUGUUGAAGAAACCACCAAUGAAACUCCCAAGCCAGGUAUUACAUUGUUCAAGUCUUUUCAUAUUCUAAUCACACUGGUAAAAUUCAAGGAUUUGUGGUGGUAAUAUUAUUGCUUCUUAGUUAAGCAUUAUUUUGCUUUCUCUAAUGAAAGCAGUUAAAUGACACUAUAGUCACCAGAACUACAGCUUAUUGUAUUUUUUUUUUUCUGGUGAGUAUAAAAAAUUAUUUUGCUUUUUUGCAGUAAACACUGUCUUUGCAGAGAAUAGACAGUGUUUAUAUUACAGUUUAGGGAUACCUCCACUGGCCACUCCUCAGAUGGCUACUAGAGGUGCUUCCUGGGGCAGUGUUGCACAGUGAGCAGCACCGACAUUGGUCUCAUCCCUCUGCAUGGAGACACAGAACUUUCCUCACAGAGAUACAUUGAUUCAGUGCAUUUCCAUGAGGAGAUGCUGACUGGCCAGGAUGAUGCUUGACUUGUGCUGGAUCUGUCCCUUAUCUGCCUGCUUGACAUUUGCAGCCAAUCCAAUGCUUUCCUAUGGGAAAGCAUUGUUAUUGGCGUUGUACAACAAUUCUGAUGUCAGCCAAGCAGGCAGAUCAGGAGCAAAGCCAGCAGCAGCAGCAGCAGCCUGGAGUGAAGGUAAUAUUUUACUAUAUUUAGAAGGGGGUGGGGGCAGGGGUUACAUGGUGUUUUAACACUAUGGGGUCAGGAAUAAAGGCUUGUGUUCCUUUAAUGUAAAAAAACACUGGAGCUCCACUGCAUAUAUCUUAUCACUCCUUUGACUUUCAAAUAUUGCAAAAAGAAUUAUCAGAAUCUGCUUAUUUGUUUUCUGUGUGUUCCAGCAAGUAAAGUGUGAUAUCUUUUAUUUUAAUGCAAUUACUAUUUUUUUCAUCUUUAUUCUAUAUAGUGUACUAAUUUAUAUAUUGCACAAAAUACUUCUCCUAUAUUCCUUCACAUUUUGACUGUGGCUAAGUUGAUGAUGGCUAGAAUUGGAAAAAUCUCCCAAUAUCCCAAAACUAGAUGGACUAAGGGAACAAGUUAUCUGGCAAUGUAAAAUGGAAUUGGGUUGUGCUAGAAACAAGAAUUGUAACUUAUCCACUGUAAAUGCGUGGGACUAUUGGACAAAAAAGUUGGCCCCGCUAACAAGCAUAUCAUAACUGUUAAGCAGGAGAAAUUGAAUAAAAAUUUUUUUUUUUUAUUACCGAUUCUUUCAGGUUAAUGUAUGUGUAUGUAUGUGUCUUUGUUUAUGAGUGGCUAAUACAUGACACAUGAUAAAAGUUAAUUGAAUUAAUGAGAUAAAUAGGUAUUGUGUGUUAUUUAUAUUAAAAAUAAGAGUACCCUAAUCACCAAAGCCCUGUGUUGGUAUUUUCUUUCAUUCAUACUCUAUACCAAUGAUUUUCUACCAGUGUGCCACAAGCACAUUAUCAGGACAAAAUGUCUGUGCAGCUGCUAACUUCACACUGUUUAGACCUUCAUUUUUGUGUUUUUCAUCUUCGUCACCAUUUCGGAGAUCCCACCCACAGAGACGAAGAAAAAAGUAUUGUAGCUGAUAAUGUUACAGUUCCUCCCCCAGAAACUGAGGAAAAAGAGAAGCCUCCAGCAAAGGUUUUUCAAGCUUUUGAAAUCAAACCUAUGAAGCAAAAGCUAAAACCUAUUCCACAACAAAAGAACCAGGAUAUAGUUGAAGAAACUGAACAGAAGCAUCAAAAUGUUGAAGAAACCACCAAACCAGGUAUUGCAUUGGUCCAGUAUUUUUGAGAUUCUAAUCACACUGGUGAAAUUCUUCAAGUAUUUGUGGUGGUGAAAUUAUUCCUUUUUAGUUACGCAUUAUUUUGCUUUCUCUAAUGAAAGCAGUUAAUGUAAAAACACUGGAGCCCCACUGCAUCUAUCUUAUCACCCCCUUCACGUCUAAAUAUUUCCGAUGAUCAGAAUCUACUUUUUUUUUCUAUUUUAUAGUGCGCUCAUUUAAUAGGGCAUCCUAAUCACCAAAGCCCUGUGGUUUUUUGUGCUGUGUGUGGGUACUCUCUAUAGCUGUGAUUUUCAACCAGUAUACCACAAGCACAUUGUCGGGGCAAAUUGCCUGUGCAGCUGCUGACAUCUAUUUCCAGUUGCCAUUUUGCCAGAACUAUUUUCAAACCGUCCCUAAAAACUUACUGGUUAGAUCAUCUUCUUCAUUUUUGUGAAUUCUUUUUUUUUUUUUCUCAUCUUUACCAUUUCGGAGAUCCCAAUCAGUCACUGAAACCUCUACUCAUUUCCUGCACAUGAAGAGUGACACAAAUAACUUGAGCUGGAUGUAUGUACACAACCUGUGAUUUUUAUUUUUUUAAUGGGGAAGUGUUACUUUUGAAAAUAACAUCAAUAGCAAGGGGAUGGAUUCUGACUGCUGGCGAUGAAGCAUAUUUUGGAUUUAAAAGGCAAAUCUUUUAUAGACCUCUUGCUAGCACCAUAAUUUCAAUAUAUUUUGUUGGUUAUAAUUUGUGGAUUUUCUCUUUACCAACUAAUUUAUCAUGGAUUUUUAUAACUAAAUGGUUUUGUUUUUUUCAACUUCGUUUUAGGUAAGAUUUGUUUUCUUGUUGGUUAUAUUGUGCUUAAACAUAUGUGGAUUUUAUACUUGCCAUGUUUGUCAAUAGUUGUGUUUUGGUAUUUCCUCUGGUAUAAAAUACAUAGAUAUGCUUGUACUCCACACAUGCAAAUGUUUGUGAUUAGUAUACAUUAAUGUAUCAUGCUACAAAUUUGUGUAAUUUUUCAGAACCAGUUAAUAAUGAACAGGGAGAUUCCUGUGACAGCAACACUACAGAUGAAACAAACCAAGUGAGUAUAUUAUUAUUAUUGCCAUUUAUAUAGCGCCAACAGAUUCCGUAGCGCUUUACCAUAUUAUAAGGUGGGAAGGAUUUAACUAUAAAUGGAAUUACUACAAAAAACUUACAGGAACGAUAGGUUGAAGAGGACCCUGCUCGAACGAGCUUAGUACUAUAGGAUACUUCCAGAUAUACACAAGAUUUCAUCUGGGGAUUUUUCUCGUUUUUAAACCAUGCCAGGUCUGUAUUUUUGUUGUAAUACUGACAAUAGUACUGUUUUACACGUUCUCCUGGUCUCCCUUUCAUUUUGUGAAUAGGACCAGUAAUAGGACUCUUUUGAAGCUGCAUUGUGCAAACACAUACACUUACAUGUUUGUUCAAUACAUACCAUAUUGUUGUGAAUUGAAAAAUGAAUUAUCAAAUUUAGGCUGUAAUACCUGAGCUAUAGACUAUAGCACAGCUGGAAACCUAAUCAGAAAGGGUAUUUGUUGCAGAAUUAAGGCACACUUUGCAUUUCAGUUACAUUUGAUGGGGGUGGAAUGUUUAACUUUAGAGUUUGGCUGCUCACACCAUCAGACUUUUUCUACAUAACCAUUUUUUUUUUCUGGGUUUAAAAUGAAUAAGAAUCAAGAUGCUGGGCAAAGACGUGUGAGCGUAUGCAUUUUCAUCUGUGUUGUAUCCUAACUAAAGAACAAAGACUAAAUGCUAUUUAUUUCUGCUUAAGUAUUAAAAUCUCUUUUUAUAGUGGAACUGUCAGAUUUCUUUAAGCAGUGUCCUCCCACCUUAAAAUUAGCAUUAUAUUGAAAAAUAAACAGUGAUUUACAUCUCUAUGUACUCCACUGGGUUCAUGGUGAUGGAGCAGCUGUAAUGAAAAGUUACUAUAUUCAUAUAAAAGUUAUUUUGAAUGCUAAACUUUAACAUGCAUAUUGAAGGUAAAUAACCAUUUGACUUUUUCAGCAAUUUCCUCAUGAUUUUGGCAAUUGCCAUUUUAUGUGACAAUCCUGGCAUGCCUGUAUUUAGAGGGUGAAGUAGAGAAACGUGUUUUUUUUUUUGUUCAGAUAUCCUUGUGAAUUUGUUCUCAGUUUUAACCUCUUACAUAUGACAUUUUCAGAAACCAGUCGAGGAGGAGGAAGAGUUGUCAGAGCUCCACUUGCGACUUCUGGCUCUGCAGUCUGCAAGUAAGAAAUGGCAGCAGAAAGAACACUUGGUAAUGAAGGAAAGCAAGAAGAAACUAACCGAACCCAAGGCUGAGCUACCAAAAGAGAAUAGUACCACAAAUUCACACUUAACACGGAAAACCAACUGUGCAGCAUAUGCUGGUAAGACACAUGAAAAUUAAAAAUAAAUCUAUUUUUGGUUUGAUGUUUAGAAUAUAGUAUUCAAUUCUGAUGAUCAUAGCUUAAUAGGAAACAUAAAAUGUUUAUAGAGCAUUCAAAUGUGCAUUUAGGACUUAAAGGAAGAAAGUAAAUCUGGUAAAAAAAAAUAAAUAAAAAUAAAAUAUCCACUCUGGCUAUUAAACAUCUAUAUUCAGGGCAAAUGGCUCUACCUACCUCUACCGGCAGUGGUUGAGGGGGGGCAGAGGGGUACUAUAGUGUUAGGAAUACAGCUUUUUUAUUCCUAUAGAAUCUGCUUGUAUUUAAAAAACCCAAAAUUAAAUGUAAAAUAGUUUUAAUUCUUCUGAGUCAAAUGUGUUCUAUUUCUAAAGCCAAACAGGCACUCAGAAGGCAACAGACAAAAGCCUGGAAAAAAUUGCAACAACAGAAAGCUGAAGAAAAGAAAGAGGAGGAGGAUAAAAAGAAGAAAGCAGAAGAGGAGGAAAGAAGAAAACGAGAAGAGGAGAUCCGAAAGAUCCGGGACCUUUCAAAUCAAGAAGAACAAUACAACAGAUUUAUGAAACUUGUAGGGGAGAAGACCAAACGUAGCAAGGUAAAUUGACAUCCUUUGUAACUUUAUUUUUUAAAAUCUAUAUUUUGUGAUGUUCCAAUUCAGACAUCUUUCGCUUUGUAUUCUUACAUUAGCUGGUAGUGCACAAUUUGGUUGUUUUGUUGUUUCUCACAGAAUGGUGAAUGAUGGCUUGCAUUUCCCCCCUCAUUUUUUUUUUUUUUCCUCACACUAUUGUAUUUUUCAUUUUCUAUAAAUCACUUUUCAGCUUUUAACAUUGCUGGCUCAUUUUUGGUUAUGGCAUGUACAGCUGUUGUUCUCUAAACUUAUACCAAAGCUAAGAAUUCAUUGUCCAGUGUGCUACUUUUGCCUCCUUGUUGUUUUUGUCUACAAUGAAUUGUGGGUUUAUAUGCCAGUGUAAUUCCAGUACUACUUUCUAAUAGAAACCUGACACUUCAUGUACAUUCAGAUUUGCUGUGCUGCCUUUACACGUGGAGCUUUAGGCUGAGCCGUCUUUGUGUCUAUUUUGACACUCUUCAACUUCUAAAGGAUGAAUGUCCUUAUAGCUAUCCGUGCCUGAGCUUACUUGUUCACUUCUAUGGGCUACGGAAUUUGUUGGCGCUAUAUAAAUAAUAAAAUAAUAAUAAUAAUAAUAAUAAUAAUGGGAAUUGACAACUAGGAAUGUGGUGUCGGGUUCAGAUUUGCUGAAUUUGUCACAUAAGGGAAGCAUGUAAUUAACCUUCAGUUAUUUAUUUAUUUUAGUCUUCAGACGCAGAUCAGAGACGAUCCGAAAAGCAGGAAAGUGCAGGAGGCAUUUACCAGUAUGAUAACUAUGAAGAAGUUGCAAUGGACACGGAUAGUGAAACAAAUUCUCCAGGUAUCUUAGCCUGAAAAAUAUUGUUCCUAAAGUCUGGAUUCGUUAUACAUUGAAACAUAAUUGGCCAAAAGGUAUAUCAUUGUCACAGAGCUAAAACUCCCAGUAUAAUUUAUCAGGCCCAGUGCUACCUCCUUUUUAUCGUCUAUUUCCUUACUAACCCUGUAACUGUUAGUGAAACGGCGGUUUUAUUAGUCAAAAAAAAAAGCUGCAAAUAAAGUUAUAGAUUGAACCAAGAAACAAUUUCUGAAUCUUGCAUAUGGUUUUUAUGUAUAUUUGAAACUUGUGCACAGUGUUUAUUAUUAAUUAAAUCCUGUCCCUUAGUGUUUUUAUGUUUUUUUUUUUUGUUUUUUUGUAUAGGUGCAUCUCCUACAAGGGUUCCUUUUACCACUAAUCUGAUGGGUGGAUUGCCAUCGGCGUUGUGUGUUCCAGAGGAUUGCCCUUCAGUGUGGGUAGGUUGACAGGCAUUUUACAUCUAGCACAUAUUGGCAGUAAGAUUGGGGUUUACUCUCUGAUUUUUUUUACUUGGCCUGUGCCAAAGACAAAAGAUCUUCCUCCAAAUGCACACUAACUAUACGAAUAAAUCACUGGACUUAUCGGAGGGAGAUGCCUGUGGUAUUCUACAAGUACAUUGAAUCAGAAUUUCUCUCUAUAUCUGAAAAUAACAAAAAGGUACCACUAGGGAACCAAAUAACCGUGACUAAGAAGCUCCACGUGGGAGUAACCCACAACAAUUUAAUUAGAUUACAAAAUGAACAAAAAGGGCAUGAGUCAAAACAUGGAGAUCCCUCCAAUAGAUGGAAUAAUGGUAGAACAACUCUAUUAGAAUAUGCAAAGAUUAGAGUAAGAGACAAUACAUAUGCACAUUAAAAUGCCAUGAGGCUAUGGUGCAUGAUGGGGGUUAAACACUGUGAGUUUAGAUUUAAGAAGGUACAUAUAAACCAACCCUUUCACAGAGGGAGCAAUUCAACUGGGUCUUGGACAGGGAUAACCUCUGAUGCUGCAAGGAGCCAAACAAAAAGUAGAUUUUAAACACGAGAUGGUGGAGUGAAAAAAUAUAAAAAUGACAACCCACUUGUGUACAAUGUAUAGCCACAAUAUUAUUAGAAUAGCAGAUUCUCCAUUAGAGAGAUAGAAAGUGGGUCCCAAUAGAUUUAUUUAGAUUAUAUGCCCCAAAGUUGUUUAAAAAUAAUCUUACUUGAUAUAAGACUAGAUGUACAAAAACAAUUAGGCAUAAUACUAAAAGACCCCUUUAAGAAUCACCUGGUACAACUUGAUUUGCUCCUAUUCAGUUAGUUAGCACAACAUGCUCUGUAUGUUCCCGUCUUGAUUUAAUACUGGAUGGGAAAUAAACAGUGCUCUGCAUCACUAUCACUAUUGCAAAUGCCCAUGCAACGAAUGUGCCAGCAGAUGAGGCCUAGUUCCAUGCCCUUCAUUUCUAAUAAAUCCCAGGAGUAAAUUCUUCUCAUUGUCAAAUAAGAGGGGGUUUGUAACUGAUGCGAGGCAGAAGAGAACUAGUAGUGACAGAAUGCUGCUUGUGUGUUUUUUGAGAUGAGAAGCUUAUACAGGAUUGUGGUAAUUAAAAUUUUUUUUUUUUAAAUUGUCUGAGGUACAAGUGUAUGGUAGCUCGGUCUGUUUGAUCUGACUCACAAAUUAAAAAGUGAACUUGACGUUUAAUAUUUGUUUUGGAUGCCAGUCACAGUGUGCACUUUGUGUAUUUUCAACCUCCUCAGAAGACAGACUUUGAAUGUUAUGAAGAUGCUGUCUCCAGAGCGUCCCCUGAAACGUUGCUUCCACCUCCCCCACUUCCACCUGAAGAGCCAGAACAGCCACCAAAACCUCCAUUUGCAGAUGAGGAAGAGGAGGAAGAGAUGCUGCUACGUGAAGAGCUACUGAAAUCAUUAGCUACUAAAAGGGUGUACAAACCGGAGGUAUAAAGUCUACCUUUCUCUUUAAUACAUAUUUAUUUAGUAAAGAAACAAAAACACACUUUGGCUUUUGUCUUUCCGAUUUUGUUUUUGCACAUUUCUAUUGUGCACUGCCAAUGAUUAUCAGCACACUUUUUUGUUCGGUAGAGGUGGUGAUUAAGUUCACAUUUGAUUGUAAACCAUCAUUGUACAUAUCAACUUUUAUUUUCUUAGGAACCUACUAACAACAGUCGACCUCCGUCCCCACCUGCUCUUAGUAAUAUUAUGCCUGUACCAAGGAUCACUUUAACAUCCUCUAGUCUUAACAGUAGCUCUCAUCGCAAACCAACUACUCAGAUUGUUCGAGUGCUGAGACCUAUCCGACGUGUAAUAAAGGUAUGAUAUUUUGCAUUUUUAAUCCAAUCUGAAAGUUACACAAGCAUUGUGUGUACUUUUACAAUCUUGGAAAACAAGUGUUUUAAGUAGCCAUGCUGAACUAGUAAUGCAGGCCCUACAUUAUAGUAUUUUAGCUUUUUGUAAUCCCUAUUUUCUUGGGAAAAGGUUUGCAAUAACAAACAUUUAGAAGUCUUAUACUUUUAUUCUCCAACUCUGUGAGUAUUCAGACAUACAGAGAGCACAAUAUAGCAUUAAAACUCAAGGAACUAUAUUGGUAUUGCACAGAACUACAACAGUUUCAGUCCUUUAAAGGGGCACUGUCAUAAUCCAUGGUGUGUGUAGCUGGAUAAUGUACAGUUUUCAGAAUGGAAAAACCUGCAGUUCUUUAAUAACUAAGGUGGCAGUGUGCUUCAAUAUGUUAAAAUCUCAUAAACUAGGUCUGGUUUUGGUCAAUGAUUUGUCAUCCUGUAAUUCAUGCAAGAUUUCUUGGAUUUGUUUAGCAAUGUGUAGAUGCCUUUUCCUGGAAUAUGAGCACAUAAAAAAAUGUGCUGACUCCAUGGGUUCAGCUAAUUACUGGGAAAUAAACUAAUCAUUAGAGCAGGGUUCUCUAUACGCUGAUUUUGCCUGUCAUCAUUUGUAAUAGCUUGUUUUGUUUGUCUUAUCCAUACAUGAAGUAUAAAAUACUCUGAAAUAUGAUGCCACCAUAUAAAUGCUAAUAAUUCCUUGGUUGUAAAAAGAAAUCCUUAGUCCCUAUUGACUUCUGCUAUAUAACUUAAAGGGAUACUGUAGUGCCAGGAAUACAAAGCUGCAACAUUAGCUGCCAGAAGUAUUUAAAUGGCCCCUCCAGGUACCAUGACCAGUGAUUUGACAUGUUGGUGCGUGAAGUCUGUAUUUUCGAUGUUUUCACUUUGAAACGCCUCACAUACUGAGGCUCCUGGACUAAUUUCCAUCCUUUUAAAAUGUAUGGUAAAAUAGCUUCCCUGGUUUAAUAUAUAUGGUACAACCGUUUUUAAGUUAAAUAACAUUCUGCAUGGAACGCCUGCUGUAGCUUACAUCUAUUCCCAAUAGGGAAUUAAUCUCUAAAAGCAUUACGAAUGUUAAGGUAUUGACAAUGACACUACAGUAAUGAGCGAUGGUGAUGAAGUAGAUGUGCUUUUAAUCAUUAAUUACUGUGUGCAUAUAACUUUACUGAUGUUUCUUAUUCAAAACUUUUUUUUUUUUUUUUAAAUUUAAAUUAAUUUUUAGCUUCCAAAACACAAAUCCGUAGUCGUGACCUUAAAUGCAUCAGAUGACAGCGAAUCGGAUGGGGAGCUAUCCAGUACAAAUUUUAGUGUUUUUGGGGGCCUUGAAUCUAUGAUCAAAGAAGCAAGAAGAACAGCUGAGGUAAAAUGGAAAUGAAAUAGGUUUACUAUAUUCUGCUAUUGGGUAUUUAUAAUAUCACCCUCCUGUCCCCCACCAGGGAGGAUACAUUAAGAUGUCAUGUUUUGAUCCUUGUUGUGCUAGUCAUGUUGGCAUAACAAGCAAGUAAGGGCAGUAAAACAUUUUGACAUGUUGAACACCAAGUAUUAAGAUCACUGAAAUGUUAUAUUUCAUUCCACAUUUAGUGUUUUAAAUAGUUGGGACAAAGCACUUUGAGUAUUAGCAGUAAAGAGUUGCUUUGAGUGGUAUAUGCAAAUGUCAAGCUGGUUAGUGAGUAUGUGAUGACAUUUACAUGGUUGCGUGAAAAUGGAACGAACAAACCAAUUACUGGGUUAAAGUCUGUAGCAGAGGGAAGUCUAAAAUAACCUUAAAGCAACAUAACCACUAUAGCCUGCUUUAUUGGUUAUUUUGCCACGAGUCCCAUGGUAAACCCAUUUCCAAAACUAUCUUUUGUGUAUAAUCAAAACUGUUUUAAGAGAUGUGCAAAGGAACUCAAAUACUUAGUAACUUACCAAAUGGGACGAUACAAACUCUGGAGUGUGUGUUUUAGCACAUGUUUGCCUUUACGUGAGAUCUUUUUGUGAGCAUGUCCUUUCAUUGUCCUGUUAAUUCCCAAGUCUUAAAUACCAUAUCUCUUAUCUGCAUGUAUGUUUAAGAAUUCAAAGACUUUUUAAAAGCAUUUUUAGGUUUUACACUUUGCUCAGCAGAUGUCUGUUACACAAUAUCUAAAUCCCAUAUGUUGCCUCUAACAUGUACACUUAGUGGUACCCUUUUUACAUUGAGUAUUUCUUAUCCACGUGUUGUACCAGGCUUCAAAACCAAAACCACCACCUCAAUCUGAAAAAGAAAAUGAUCCCAUGCGAACCCCAGAGGCUUUACCAGAGGAUAAAAAAAUGGAGUACAGGCUGCUAAAAGAAGAGAUUGCCAGGUAAUUAAGUGGCUGAUUUUCCGUUUGUGUUCAUGUGCAGUGUAAGAAUUAUUUACUUUUAUAUUUUAUAUAUAUAUAAUUUUUUUUUAUUUUUUUUUGAAAAGUCGUGAAAAACAUAAACUUCUAAAGUCAGAACAGUCAAGAGCAAGUGCGUCACCAACAAACUCUGACAUGGAGAUGGAAGCGAGUAGAAGCCCAGUCAUAAGUUCAAAAGUCACAGAAGCCGAAGCAAAGCAUAAGAAACAAACGUAAGCCUCUAGUUCUUCUCUGUAAACUUUUUUUCUUUUCUUAUUUUCCUGUUAUGUUGUGUAAUGCUCUUUACACUUGCUAGAGUUUAUUGUACAUUAGUUGCGUCUUUAGUGAAUUAUUACAAUCCAGGUUUUAUGCCGAACAUAUGCCAUACAGUAAAUGGUAACUUUAGUUUUUUAAUGCCAAAGCAGUGGUUUUCAGACAUUUUUGGAACAAGGCAAAUGUCGAUGAGAGGAAAAUUAAAAGGCACCCCUACAGUUUCCUUUUACCUUGGUUAACAACGUGUAAAUGUCACAUUUAUUGGAGUCUUGCAAAAGAUAUGUGCAUACUUCUAGCCAAAUUUACUCAUUCCUUUUAAUGAAUUGGUGGAUUGGCAUCAGCAAAAUGCAGACACUUUACCAAAAAACCCACACAUUUUAAGGACUGCAGUCGGUCUGUGAAGGCCCUCUAGUUGAAAACCACUGGGUUAGCAAUUAGUACUAUAACUGUAGUCCCCAUUGCUUGGACUAUAUAAACUCUGCCCUUAUCUAUGGCAGCUAUUUUAGUAACUGUUUGCCUCACACCCCAGUUGCUUUUAUGAAUAUAUUAUGUUAUUUAAAAAUAAAAAUAAAUAAAAAGUUCUUACAGUCUGAGUAAGGGAGCUUCAUCACAGUCUUUAGCAAACUUUUUGACUACACUGUAUUGUCUUGUAAAGGGAACACCAAUUGUUUUUUUAAAAAUGCCCAUGAUCUGACAAACAUAAAAUUUGAUGGCAUUAAAUACUAAUUCAAUAAUUAUUUAUUUUUUGCUUUUAAACAAAUGCUUUCCAUUACUUUUUUUUUUAAUACUUCCAUAUAAAUAAUGACAUGACAUUGUCACUUUGCUUGCAUAUUGUAACUAUAUUCUUAUUGAAUAGGAUGCUGCUAAUAAAGGAUGAAUCGGUCUUAAGGAAUCUUUUGGAACAAGAGGGAAGGAAAAAAGAAUCCAUCAAAACAGCAGAACUAAAGAUCACCAGACUGACUGAGCAACUGCAAGCAACUGAGAAGUUCCUCAAUGCAAAUAGAUUAUUUCUGAAGAAACUCCAAGAACAGGUAGUGAUCUCUUAUCCUUUUGAGGGAAUCUAUAUAUUGGGCCUGGCUGACAUUGAUCCUUACGUCACCAGGCUCACAUACCUUCCUGUCUUGGAAUAAUAUUGCGAGGCAUGCUUAAAUGUCUUCAAAUGUAGUUGCAUAGUAAUCUCUGGGUUUCUUUUUUUUUUCUUCUGUAGAUUACUAAAGUUCAACACAGAGUAAAAGAAAAAAGAACCCUUGCACUAAAGUUUGGUGAAGAACUUGCUCGCGCCAAAGCACUAGCUAGUCAGGAACUGGGGAAAAGAAAGUUGGAACACAACAGCAUUGGAGUAAGUACAUUGUGGUUUUUUUUAUUUUUUAUUAAAUGUGUAUAUACCUUCAUCCACGUUUCUUGUCUAAAACCAUUCUAACUUGGUAAUGUCACUGCCAUAGAACUGUCUGUAAUUGUCCUUGAGCAAGACACCUAAUAAUAUAUAAUUGCCUACUUUAUAUUGUAAGCUCGUUUGAGAAGGGCAUUCAUUUUAAUUAAAGCUGGUUUGAGCAGGGCUGCGUUUAUAACCUCUCCUUUCUAUAAUUUGUAAAGCACCUAGGAAUAUGUUGCCGCUAGUAUUAAUACUCGUUUAACACAGAAGUAAAUGCGCCAAAAAUUACACCCCUUUCCCUGUGUGUGGUACCACAAUAGCACCCUUCAGCUAUCUCUCUAUAUAAACAAAUUUGUUACUAUGGAUAUUAUAAUACCCACCUCACUGGGUGUCCCAGCCCUGUAUCCACUCCCUCUCCUUGCUCCAGUGUCCUCCAUGAAAGCCACUUCAGAUCUGUCUCUGGAGCACAAUGCCUGCACUCACUGUUCACUCUCUGAUGCAGCUUCCAUCAUUAUUAAAGAACUUGUAUAUGAUGUCACAGGAAGUGGGUGUUACUGAGCGGCCAUUUUAGAUGAGGGCAGUUAAACUCUACAGAGAGUAUGGGCAGAGUGUGAGAGCAGUUUGGUACAGUGUUAAUGGUUAAAGGACCACUAUAGGUACCCAGACCACUUCAGCUCAAUGAAUUGGUCUGCAUGCCAGGUCCCCCUAGUUUUAACCCUGCAGCUGGAAAAAUAGCAGUUUCAGAGACCCUAUGUUUAUACUGCAGGGUUAAUCCAGCCUCUAGUAGCUGUCUCCCUGACAGCCACUAGACGCGCUUACACGAUUUACACUGAGUAAAUAGCACUUAUUUGAUGCUGGAUGUCUUCACAGACCUGCAGCGUCAAAAAACAUCCCCAUAGGAAAGCAUUGAGUAAUGCAUGCUUUGUAUUAUAUGGACAAAGUACAUGCUUUGUAUUAUAUGGACUGAGUGUGAGUGAGACUAGAAAGGAUCAUUACAGACAGGAGACUGUAUUCUACACCCACAUAUUUACAUUAUAAACUGACUGCAAAACAGACAUUAAAAAAACAAUACAAAAAACUGUUAAAUCUGAUUCUGUUGCAUAGAACCGAAUAAAUGUUUGAUAUUAAAUUAAUUUCAACAAUAUAUUAUUCUUUACUCCUAUAUAACAAACAGAUUUAACAGAUUUUAACUUGUUUUUUUGUUUUCUGUCCAAUUUUGGUGUUAAUUUCAAUAAAAGUGGUUAUUUUAUUGGCUUGUAGUUUUUCAUUUUAGAUUAAAUUCAUUAAGUCUAAUAAUAAAAUUAUAGAAAAAAAAACUGAUUUUAAAAUCAUUUUAGGAAAAAAGUUGUUUUUGGCCAAGUGCAUACUGAAUUUUCUGUUACAGCCCCGAAUUUUCAUUUCGGUGUAUCCCUACUGAUGAACCAUUCGUUCUUGUGAUAUUUUUAUAUGGACUCCUCUUUCUGAAACUACAUUUUCUAUUUUUAUUUUUCCUUGUAUAAUGCAAGCUGUUUAAACUCGGGAUACAUGUAGCACAGUGAAUUGUUUCAGCUGCAGAACUCCACUCCUUUUUAAGAUAUUGUAACACUACUUCCCUGUUUUCUUUUAUUCUCUUGGGUUUUUUUUUUUCCUUAUUUGAUUUUUAUUUUCAGUUUUGUUUCUUUAUUUUUUUUUUUAUUUGCAGGCAAACAAAAUGUUUAAAUCUGACACUGGCACUUUAGCCAGCCCUAAAAAGCAAAAUGCAGAAGCAAUUGCGUUGGAGAAGAAACGGCUGCAGGAAUUAGAGCAGGAAUAUGCCCUCAAGAUUCAAAAGCUGAAAGAAAUGCAAGCUCGCAAUAUCAAAGAACCUGCUGUGCUCACACCCCCUGUGUUAGAGCAGCCUGAGUUUGUUCUUCCACAGCCUUCACUUCAUGACCUCUCUCAGGACAAAAUAACGCUAGACGCAGAGGAAAAUGACAUUGAGGAUGAAGUUUUAUCACCCUCUGUUAAACAGAGGCGGAGAUCAUUCAGAGACUCUAACUCUUUCACUAAGCCCAACUUGAAGCACAGUGAAGCUACACCCAACAAAGAGGGAGUUAACAAGCCAUCCACGAUGUCUACAGAGGGACCAGAACUUUUCUUAGGGUUGAAUAUUGAGCAAUUAAAAAUACUUCAUUCCUGUUCUGAUAACUUGAAAGAUCUAUUUUCACAAGGCACUGGAUUAAUGUUGUCUCAGGAUAAACUCAUCUCAGGGAAGGUAAUUACAGUUUUUUAUUUUGUCUUGAAACCUAAUCUUUUCUUGACUGUUGGCUCUAUUAACCACUCUGACCUGCAUUGUGUUUAUUUUUACACACGUGUACAGAGAGUCAUGCAGUGCUGCAUGGUUAUUAAUGACCAUUUUGAGUUUUUAUAAAUGUACUCAUUUUGUUCCAGGAAAUACCUGCGGAUGUGGAUUUAGUUACAGCACAAACAAAACAGAUGGAUACCAGGCCCUUGCCCUUUGGACCAUAUAGAAGUCCCCUUCUGGUUUUUAAAUCCUACAGGUAAAAGCUUUAUUUUGUAUUGUCCUUAAUUUUGGACAUUCUUAUGUUGUACUAAACAGGACUUUUAGUGAAACUUUCCCACUGCAACUCUCAAAAUGUAUUCUUAUAUGUGUAGAUGCGACAGACUCUUUGUUCAGAGCAUUUUGAACAAUACUUUUUAAGAGGAUGUGUUGAACGUUUGCUGUUAAAGGAUAGCACCUGAUUGCCAGAAAUACUUGGUGUGAAAAUGAUGUAUACGUUUUGUCUGUUGUUUAUCAUACUGGAAGAAUGAUCUUAAAAUACAUAAACUAUAGAAGAGUAUGAUGUGGAAGCUAAAGGGAUACACUCAUAGUGGGAUUAACCCAUACAAAACUACCAAAGUAGUGAAAAAAGGACGAAGAGAAAUCUGAGUGCUCUAAUUAGGUAAAACAUAACUUUUAAUAAUAGAGGUUAAAAAAUAGAUACAUAGGUACCCAUGCAAAAAGGCACAAAAAUGGUCAGCAUAUGCAUAUAAUAGUCUGUACACUAAUAGAUCACUAUGUACAAAAAUAAUGAACCUAUAAAAGAAAGUGACUAUAAUAGGCAAAAAUAAUGAUAAUUAUAAGAUAAAUCACUUGGUUACCCACUAAGAGCCCUGAAUGCUGAGCUAUUACUUGUGGACCGAGCACUGAGAGAAAAACUAGUAAUAACACGUAAAGCUAUCAUGCCAUCAAAUACCGUCUCCAGAAUUGGAAGAUGUGACACUACAUCCAAUUAUAAGAGCAAAGAGGACCUGUUCAGAAGUUUUCAGUGUCCUCGGCUAGGUCUUAACUGCAAAAGACAAUGUUGCAGUUUGUCUAAAUGGCCAUAAUGUUACAAACGGAUGCAGGCUGAUCUGUAAUUGCUCGAUCUAAAUGUAGCUCUCCAUGCUCAGUUCCACAUCUAUAAUGCUGGUUUUAAAUGGAACCACGUUGAUAACAUGUAUUAGAAUGUACAAAAGGAGAUGAAUGUAUUUGUACAAGCGAUAGUCUACAUAAAUAGCGUUGUACCCAGAUGAGUGCAACACUGAUAAUGUGUAUGCUUAGCACAGAAUAUGAAAAAUAACUGCACUAAGUUAAAUAUUAUUAGCCCAGUAUAUUAACUGUAUUAAAAACAGAAUGCCGAUUUAGCCAUUGUUUAGAAUAUUGCAAAAGUGCCUCAUUCGGCUGACAAUAAGACACUAACCUGUUAAAUGUACUGGGAACCCAAUGUGAAAGGGUUAAGAAAGGUUGCAAAUAUAAUGAAAUAAAUCACUGACAGGUGUACUAUCAUGCCUGCCUACUUUUAAACAAAAAAGGAGGGGGGAAAAAAAGUGAUCGAGCAACCUUUGCCCACCCAGUCUGUAACAGGAAAAAAAAAACUUUGGGAUUCAGAGGGUUGUGUGGUGUCCACAGGUCAAACAUCCACACACAAAGCUGUUACAGCAAAUCUCUGAGGUAGCCCAGUGAUUUAUCUUAUAAUUAUCAUUAGUUUUGCCUGUUAUAUUCACUUUCUUUCAUAGGUUCAUUAUUUUUGUACAUAGCAAUCUAUUAGUGUACAGCCUAUUAUAUGCAUAUGCUGACCAUUUUUGCGCAUUUUUGCAUGGGUACCUACGUAUCUAUUUUUUUAACCUCUAUUAUUAAAAGUUAUAUUUUAUCUAAUUAGGGCACUCAGAUUUCUCUACAUCAGCUAUAGUAAUCAGAUUGGUCAAGUCUUUUGAAUCAGGAAGCCUGAAAUCUUGUUCCGAUGGUCAGGACAAAAAGAUAGUGAGAUAGCCAGUGGUCUCAGCUAAUCGGUAAACUUAAACAGAAAUGUUUCAUCUGGAUAAUAUUAUGCACACUAAAAGCAAUUUGGCAAAAUGAAAAUGGGAAGAUGAGUGGAACCAAAUGGUCCUAAUAAUCGCUUGAAACUUGUUUUUCUAAGCAUGUGGUGUUCAUCUUAUUUGAACACAAGAUGGCACUCUUGUACCACUUUUGAACAAGCCCUCAAAACAUGUAAUUCACAGAAUACCAAAGGAUCCUUGCAAGAUGUGAAAUCCAUGCUUUUAUACCACAAAGAGCACAAAUUAUUUAAACGUGUGCUUGUGCUGCGCUUUUCCAAAGUUUUUGACACAGUAAGACAGAGCCACUCUGGGUGAUUAAGAAGACUGUUAGUCACAUGAAUCCCUUGUGUGAACUAUGGGUUUCUGUGUGUAAUUUCUAGACGACGUAGGAAAGGACAUAUCCAUUAAUGCUCACUUAGGCACCUUCUUUGAAUGAUGUGAUUUUAGAGUCUACUCUAGAUACUGACAUUCGAUUGUUUGAAUACCUUUGCUGACAUGCAAUGCAUAAGUCUCUAUUACAGCUCUAUUACAGCCAGAGCAGUAUAGCUACAAGUGACUCUCUAAUUCCUAACCUUGCAGUCAGGCACACGUCUUUAGGCUGAAAUAGCUUUGCAUGUUAUGUUAUGUGAAAUUCUUGAUAGUUGUGUGUGUUUUUUUUGUUUUGUUUUUGUCUGUAUAUUUAUAUAGUACCACACAAUGGAAGCAGCUUCUUAUAAAAUAAAAAAAAACCAUAGAUAAGCGGGAAUCUACAAUACUAAACUAUAACAAAGUAAGCAUGUAAGUUAUUUUCAGGAAAGUUGCUUUCAUAUAAGCCACUUAAUAUGUAAAUUAAAUUCUCUGCAACAUUAGCAGUGCAUUAAAGAGACAAAUGUAUAGUCCGUUAGAAUGGGAAGGGGUGUUUUUAUUAAAAAACAAUUCUAUUAUACAGAGCUAAAGAAAAACUACUUUGUGUUUAAUGUUGUAAUCAUAUUUUAUUUUUUUCUGACAGGUUUAGUCCAUAUUUUCGAACAAAAGAAAAGCUGCUAUUGAGUUCUGUGUCUUACAGUAACAUGAUUGAGCCUAAAACGUUCUUCUGCCAUUUUGACUUGACCGGCACGUGUAACGAUGAUGAUUGCCAGUGGUAAGUGGAUUUACCUCUCUUGUGAACAAUUUGUAAUUUUUAAUGCAUCUCUUACUUAUUUCCUUUUGUCUCUUGUAGGCAGCACAUGCGUGAUUGUACGCUUAGCAGACAUCAACUGUUUCAAGAUAUAUUGUCCUACAACUUGAACCUUAUUGGCUGCACAGAAAAAAGCACAGAUGAGGAGAUUAGCAUUGCCACUGGUAAAAUGUCUUUUUUGUAAAAUUUCAGCUUAUUUAAAGUUUCAUGUCACUUGUUGUGAUUGAUAGUCCAUGUUUGUGAAUAGGUUAAAUUUCCCCUUUCUGCUUUUGCAGACUGUAAAGAGAAAUCUGUACUCGCUUUAUGUCUUGGGGAUGGUUUAUGCAAAGUCUGUUGUUCCUGUCCAUUAAAACAAUGUUAAAAGAAUGCUAUUAUGUAUGUGUUAACGCUAUAGUGUUUCCCUAUUUCAUGAAGGGAUGAUAGGUGGUUUUCACUUACACUUUUUUUUUUUUCUUUGCUGCGCUGGUGUCACUCUGCCUCCCUGGCUGAGAUCAUUUGGAUUAAUUGUGCCAGCCAAUCCAGUGCAUCCUCAUAGGGAAGCAAUUAGCAGGCUAGUGCACAGGAAGUACGAAGAGCAGUAUUUCUAACUCUGUACUCACACGAGUGAGAGGAGGAUAGCCACUAGAGGCAUGUUUAACUAUGCAAUAGAAACAUUGCAGUUUCAGCAAAACUGCAAUGUUAUACAUUGCAGGGUCAAAACUAAAGGCCCACUGCACCGAGACCACAUUAUUGAGAAUAUGUGGUUUGGUUACCUUUUAGUGGUCUUUUAAUAUCAAUCAGCACAAAUCUGUUGUGACUAGAUGUAUUAUUUAUUUUAUUUUUUACCAUGGAAUUAUGGACUGAGUAUGCAAAUAGAAAUUAGCUAGGCUUUAUAAUUGAAAAAUUGUUUAUUGUUGGAGUUGCGUUGCUUUUUUUUUUUUUCCCUGAUGGUAAUGUGUAUCUGAUUCUGGAUUACUAUUGUUUUCUAUAUGAAUGCUCAGCUUUUUGUUUUCUGUAAAUCUUUGGUUACUAUGGCUUUAUCGAUGCAGUUUGUAUAUUGCAAGCAGGUAGUAGCCAAUGAGAUACAAAAGCUAGAAUGUGUAUGUAUGUAUGUAUAUAUAUAUAUAUAUAUAUAUAUAUAUAUAUAUAUAUAUAUAUAUAUAUAUAUAUAUAUAUAUAUAUAUAUAUAUAUAUAUAUAUAUAUAUAUAUAUAUAAUAUUCUACAGGUCUCUAUUUCCACUAGCCGUUGGCAAGUAAUUUAACGGUGGAUACUCUGCGGCUGUAGUGGCAAGUAACAUUUAAGGCCUGGCUAGUAGCAUAGGACUAUAUAUUUUAAGCCGUGUUUAUGUAUAUAUGUAAUUUUUUUGUUUGUAGUGCUGAGACGUUUACAAUCACCUGUCUUGUCCCAACAUCAAAACAGGCACAUGCAAUAAUACAACUAUACAUAUAACUUGAAAACAGGAUACUGUAGUCAUAGAUUAGAUAUGUACAAUUGCGAUGGAACAGCACUACUUUUUAGAGAGAAUAGUAAAGCAUGCUAGUGAAUGCUAUAGAGAGUUAGGCUAGUUAUUCAAGAGUAGGCCUAAAUUCCUGUUAAACUGUCGCUUUAAAACACAGAUGCAUAUGAGAUACCUAGCUAUUCUAUAACGAGGAGUGUUGUGUAAAGUAGUAGGAAAUAGAAAACACAUUGCUGUAGCUAUUUAAAUGUGAGGUUAAGCUAUCGUAUAAAAUAAGCUCUAUACUACUGGAACUUAAAAUGUUGCACAGUGCUGCAUUAUAGAUGAGUUGGCUAGUAGGGCAAAUUAUAUGAACUUAUAGAAGCACUGAAUUAGUCUGAGGACACAGUCAAUAAUGGCAUCUGCUUUCAGCAAAUGUUGUCACGUGUCAGACUGAGGGUCCGCGGUUUUCUCAGCCGAUUCCCUGGGGCAGCAGGCCCAGCGAGCUUCCCUGUGAGGGUCUAGGGUCAGCCAGGGAGCAAUAGGUGAGCCCCCGGCUUGUGUGAAAGACGAAAUUCUCUGUCCACAGACUCUGUACCGCCUAGUCCUAGUCACCCAAGGAGCAGGUGCAAAAUGGAGGUGGUGUCCGCUUCCAGCGGUGUGGGAUCUUCCGCCUGUGUGGUCGACUUAGAGAGGUCAGGCCUCUAGUGGCUUUCGGCCUAGGUAGGUGCCCAUUAGCGUGGUGAGGCACUUAUGUAGGUGCGCUGCCUGGAGGUAUCCCUCCUGUCGUCAUCCGUGGGCCCCUCUCCAUCUGCUGUUUGUACCUGAUGGCUGUAGAGCGUGCCAGCUGCUUGUCCCAGAAGGCCUGGAAUAAAGCAUCCAGCCUGUAGUCGAUGGAGUCGUAGUGAGGCCCAUGAGACCUGCUUAAUGUUUGUGAGGCACGUGGAAGGGCUUCCGCCAUCUUGAGUGGUCGGGCUGCCUUAGGCUUCUGCUUUAAGCGGUAUGUAGGUGCAGCAGGAGUGGCUUUAGUCAGUCCACCUAGUGCGGACCGGGAUAACCCCCACCAGUCGAGAGAGGGGGAGGGGGAGUAGGAGUCCAGGUGAGUUGCGUGGUGAGGUUGGUUUCGGGAAGAGCGGCCGCUUCUCCCCAGUCCAGCUCUUACACCACAGCUCCGGGAUCCCGGCCGCAAUGGACUUGAGUGGGGUGUCGAUCGGUUCAGUGGUGCACCCCAGUAAGUAGUUUUGGCUAAUUUAGCUGUUGAAAUACCCUAGAGUUUGCGAGUUAGGGAGGAGCUCGUGCUGCCUGCGACUGCUCUGCUCGAAGGUCAGGCUACGCCCCCUGUAUUUUCAUUUCACAGCUUUUCAGUCUCAUUGCGUUUGACAGACAAACCUUUUCCAAUGUUGAAAUGUUAAUAAUUUUAUUUCUAGGCAUUUGUUGCUUUGUUUUAUGCAAAUAUUCAUCUUUAUUGUCUUGAUAAUUAAUAUGGACACACUUUUUUUUUUUUUUUUUAAUUUUAGAAAAGUAUGUUGACAAACUCUUUGGUGUCAAUCUUGAUCGCAUGUCAAUGGACCAGAUGUCUGUUUUGCUUGUUAGUUAUGUCAAUGAAAGCAGAAAUCACAGUAAGUGUUAAUUUUUCAGAGGUUCUGAUAUGUCAGUAUUCCUCUAAACUAAAUAUAACUUCUAAGAAAUAUAUCCCCUUGUGCUUGUCAAAAAAUGAUUUGGUUACACUUUACAAAAUUGAAUUUUAAUUUACUUGGCGAAAGUGUGUAUACAUAAUGUAAUUGUUAUUUUAGAAAACCAUGCAAUAAAUCAUUUGCAUUCUUUUUUUUUGGGGGGGGUGGGGGGGGGUAUUUUGAUGCCUGGUUUUAGCAUUCUUUCCAUCAUUCAGAUUGAAAGGAAUUGAGCUGGGAAACUUUAUUAAAGGGAAGCAGCCAGUGGUCCGUGUACCAACAAAAGUAGAACUUUACUUUAUAACUUGUCCUGCACUGAUACUUUUAUAUAUUGCAGAAAUGCAUGCAGUGGUUUUUUUUGUUAAUUUCAUUUCCGUUUUUUCACUAUUUCUUUUUUCCCCAGCACCACCUCACACUACAUGUAAAGAGAAGAGAAAAUGGAGACCAAUGUAUUGGAAAAAGCCAGUAUCAGAUGUUGGCACUAGUGAUGAUGAGGAGACGUCAAAAAUAAUAAAUUCUGGUAAGUUUAUAUUGUGUGGCGCUUUAUUUAUUUUUUGUAGUAGUAGUAUUUAUUUUAUAGAGCCAUGUGUGAUGGAAACACUCUGUUGUAAAUAUAUGUACAAUAUGUUUUAAUGUAUUUAAAUGAAAUAGCCACUUUAUUUCUGCUGGUCCAUUUCCUUAUUAAAUUAUGUCCUCUCCAGUUUAUUUUUUUUAUUUUUAACUCGUUGAAUUCAAAAUAUUGAAGAUUGCUUGGGUCGUUGUCGUUAUUGUGUAUUUUAUACUGUAGGGAGAGACUGUCCAAACCAUGUUUUAUAUGUGUUCUUGUGCUCUUAUUUUCAUUGAAUGUGUAGUUCUGCCCAUGAUGAACAUUUUACAUGGGCAGAUGAUUCAAUAUAUCAAUACAUUACAAUAUAUAAUACAAUAUUACACUAUAUUGUUUUAUUUGAGCAUUUUCUAUAAGAUUUAUCCCUAAACUUCAAAGGGUAAGUAUAUUUGUUAGAUAACUAAUUGUAUUUGUUGAAGUAAUCUGAAGAGAUUUCACCCCAUAUUUCCUGAUGCACAUUGCACAGUUAGAUUUACUUAUUGGCCACUUCUUACCAUACUGUCAAGCUGCUUCCUUAACAGCUCGGUAGGGUGAGAUCUGGUGAUUGUGCUGUUCACUUAAUGACCGUUUUAGCAUUGGAAAAUGGAGUGAAAAUUUUCCUUCCUUAAGGUCUCUUUAACCCUGUAUAUAAAUCUCCCACUUUACCACCACCAAAGCACCCCCAGUCCAUCAAGUUACAUCUACCAUGUUUGACAGAUGAUGGGUAUCAACCUCUCCUCAAGCAUCUAUUUAUUUGGUCUACAUUUAAAAAAAUUAUUCUUUGGGAUCUGAACAACUCAAACUUAAUUGUCUGUCCAAAACACUUUUUCAGUCGUACUCUGUUGUACACUGUCACCAGUUUCUUAACAAUUUCUGGCAUGGAAUAGCCUUCAUUUCUCUGAACAAGAAUAUACUGACAAAUUUCAGAAGAAAGCUCUGGCCAUCUUGAGCCUUUAAUCAAAUCCACAAUUACUGAUGCUCCACAUACUCAACUAGUCUAGUGAAGACACGUCUUAUUGUUUCUUUAAUUAGCACAAACCUUUUCAGCUUGCUAACAUACAUUUUGAAGGGUUUUCUAAUAGUCAAUUAACUUUUUUAAAUUAUAAUUUUGGAAUAGCAAACAUAACACACCAUUGGAACACUGGCUAGUUGCUAUUCCAUUAAAAAUCAAUACAAAAAAUAUACAUAGGAGGAUCUAAGUGGAGAGGAGGAUAAACCCCGUCCUCACACUAGGUCAACCUAGAAAGGAAUCCCCAUCCUAGUUGUAAUGCUUGAAAAAAUAGAGGUAAUAAAACUUAACCUUUAUUAAUAAUGGAUAAAACUAUGUAAAUACAGAGAAAAUUAAAAAAGAAAAAUAAAAAGGCUUUACCUCUGACGAAGGCGCAUUGGAAGCGCUGAAACGCGCGUUAGGUAGUUUAGUCUGGAGUUUGCCACGUGAGAGUUUAGCUUAGAGCUAGUACGAGCAUUUAGGUUUCAGCAUUUUGCCGCUAAUGCAAGGGAUUGGGGGGAACCUGAGAGGCAGUUCAGUUUGUAGUCUGCCACUAGGUAGGCUAACUCCAAGUGAGCACCACUUGGGUUACAGUUAUCAGCGAAAGGGUUUUUGGGGGGAUCUUGAGGAGGGUAGGUUUUUGGUUUAUUUGAUCCAUGUAGUGGAUCCCUCUCUAUUCAGAUUUUCCCUUCAUACUGCAGUGCUUUUCUUAGCAAUACUAUCCAUUUCCCUCACAACAUAGAGGUUACUGGCAAUUAGUGCCAUUUAGUUUCUAAUUGCACUGGAUACUCUGUUACAGUUUGCCAACUAGUAUCAUUUUUCUUUUCUCUACAAGUAGCCUACAGAAUUGUUCCAUUUCUUCUCUCCUUCUCCUCCCCAUUAUUUAUCCUAUUUGGCUCCUAGUCUCUUGCUAGAUAUCUCUCUACAAGUGAUUUUGAAGGACAUCGUAACGUAUUAUUAUUAUUAUUUUUAUUUUUACUGUCCAUACCCACAGUGAUUGUGGUGGCACUCCAUAUAUUAUUUUUCUUUUUUAAUUUUCUCUGUAUUUACAUAGUUUUAUCCAUUAUUAAUAAAGGUUAAGUUUUAUUACCUCUAUUUUUUCAAGCAUUACAACUAGGAUGGGGAUUCCUUUCUAGGUUGACCUAGUGUGAGGACGGGGUUUAUCCUCCUCUCCACCUAGAUCCUCCUAUAUAUAUUUUUUGUAUUUCUUUUAACGUAUGUAAGGGUUACCCCCUUUUGGGAUCCUCUAGACACACCCAUAGGCUGGUUCACCUCUGGUUACCGGCUAUUCUUUUCAUUCAUUCCAUUAAAAAUCAGCAUUAACAAUGUAAACCGUGUGUUUCUUAUUGAUGUUAUAUUAAUGGAUGUGUAUGUAGUGGAAACACAUUCUUCAUGUUGUGACUCUAAACUGUACUUCAUUCACCAAUGUAUUUCUACAGCGCAUACAAAGCCCCCCAAAAAUGUGCCUGUUCAAGAUGCUGUUGUAACUCCAGAAGAUGUUCGUUAUUUCACAAACGAGACCGAUGACAUUGCCAAUCUAGAAGCUAGUGUACUUGAAAACACUCAUGACAUACAAUUGUGGAUCAAGUUGGCAUUCAAGUAUUUAAAUCAGAAUGAAUGGUAGGUGUUUUCUUUUCAAAUACAAAUUUCAUUGUUCAGUGAUUUAUUUAUUAGCAAGUUAUGCUAUGUUAAAUCUGCCCUCCCCUUUGCCAUUCAUAGGUAUGUUUUUAUAUCCCAAUUAAAUUUCUUUUGGAUACAUUGUAGUGCAGGACAUUCAUUUACCAAGCUGAUGUAAAAGCUGGUGGUUUGUUCCUAUAAUAGCAGUCUGAUUUUGCUAGUAUUUGAUAUAUUUUUUUUAUCUUAAAGGGACAUUAUAGUCACCAAAACAACUUGAGCUUAAGCUGUAAAUCUUUCAGUCUUCUUAUUUACUUUAACACAAUCUUUAACAGUUUUAUCCAAUUCUUAAAACAAAUUACUCCUCUUCACCAAAAUCCCAACCAUAUCACUUUACUGCUGUUUAAGAAGCAUGUUAUAAAGAGUAGGAUCUUUGCAGAUGAUAAAUUGAGAAAGGUGUCUGGUCAAGGUUCUUUUUUUAUUCUUGAAAUGUUACCCAGUUGAUAUCUUUGUUUUUAAUGUUGGCAGUUCAGAGUUGAUGUCUCUUAUUACCGUAGUUUAAGCUUUCAUAACUUAAUGCCAUUUUUAUCAGUAACAUGGUAUUUCACCAAAUGUCAACUUGAACCUUUCUCAGGAAUAUAAAAUAUGCAGUGCAAAAAUGUGAUACUCUUUGCAACUUCUCUAUGGUUAUUUCCUUAUUAUCUGUAACAGAAAAUCAUUAUAUAUCUGUAGUCUGCUGCCAUAGUUUACAUAUUAUGUAGUAGUGGAAUUAUGAAAUGGAUGUUUGGCAUUUAUUCUUCAAAGCCACAAAUAGCUGUUUUGUUUUUAAACAGCACCCCCUCUGAGUGUUUAGAUUCAGCAUUGAACGUUCUGUCCCGAGCCCUGGAAUAUAAUAGAGGAAAUUCGGAAAUAUGGUGUCAUUACCUCAAACUCUUCUCCAAAAGGGGAACCAAGGAAGAAUGUCAGGAGAUGUGCGAGACUGCUGUAGAAUAUGCCCCUUCAUAUCAAGUUUGGUGGACUGUGAGUUUUCUCUUUUUAAAUGUUUGUAAUCUAAAUUUUAUCAGCACAAUGCAUACAUGGUUUUUACAAUUGAUACAUGGUGGUAGUCAGUGCGUAAGUUUUAUGGUUUCAGCAUGCCCUGGGUAAAAGUGAGUGAUAACUUUACUGAAAACCACCCCUUAGUUCCCCCCUCCCCCCUCUCAAUGCACGGAGAAUAUAAGAAUGUCCGCCUGAGGGAGGAGUUAAAGCAGAACUGAAGGGAGAAGGUAACACCACCGUUUGUCACAUGUCACCAGAAUGCUAUGCUUUCUGACAGCGGACGAAAACUAUGCACAAAACUAAUCUUAUCAGACUUAAGUCUCCGUACACAAUGCUGCAGUAAGUAGAAAUACACGUGGCCACAAGGUGCAGAUUUAGAUUCCAAGCAUCAUUAUGGUGCUUGAAUAACCCUUUUAAGGUUAGCUCUCUGUCUGGUAUAGUGAGGGUCCUAAAUCCCAUCCAAAACGCAUGGGACAAAAUUGUGUUGUGGUUUCUGUAUGAAAGAUGUGUCCCAGCCUUUCUGUAGCCCACCCAAGAACAGAGCGGUCACUGUGUGUUUAUUUUUUCAUUUAUUUCUUGCUUUUUUUUCUUCAGUACUUGACCUUGGAGUGUUCCUUUAAUGGAAAGGAUUCAGUGUGCAGUAAAAUAUUGCAGUAUCUCAUGUGGAGACUGGAGGAAGAAAAGGAAUCGGAACAGCUAUCUCUGCAGCUCCUGGAGACAUUACUCUACCACAUACAUCUCAGCCUGUUCUCAGGACGGCUGCAAAAUGCUCUGGCUCUUUUGCAGGUAUAUAUGAUUAAUUAAACCAAAUGAUCAUGUUUACGGCAUUUUUGAUCUACGUAUCUAGAUAGUAAUCUUUACAUUUUUUUUUCACUUUUAUCUGGUCAUUAAAGCACAUAGUUGGCAUAGUUUUGUUUUGAUACUUACACCUAUCUCGUCCUGACAAGAAGAAAACUGCCAUUAACAAAAGGUCACAUUUCAGUGCCUUACUGCAAUUUCAGAGACAUAUAAAUUUUCUUAAAAAAUCCUUAAAUGGAAUUUAAUAAUUUUUACACAAUAAAUGUAACUUUAUUAAAUAUAAAGAAAAAUAACUCUAAAAUCUAGCCAUAUUAGGCAUUUUUACAAUUUAGUUUUACAGGUUAAAGAACAAGUAUUGUAAGGAGUAAAUUUUAAUGCUAAACAUUUACAAAAUUUUACAUGCUGAUAACAGGAAUACUAUAGCCACCCAUCCUCUGCAAGGAUGGCACUGUUUUCUUUCCAAGGUUAACCUGCCCCAGAGGUGCUUUCAUGAAAUAGAGUAAAACUGUCAGGUGGUCUUACUGGCACUUCAGUGUGAUUUGGUAAAGUUACAGUAUCAAGCAAUGUGAAACUUUGAAGGGCAUUCAAUGUUGCAUUGAUAGUGACAAAAGAUCCUGAAACGUUUGUGUUUAUGCAUGCUCCUCCAAAAAAAACAGUGAGCCUUAACUAAGCUUUUUUUUUUUUUUCUUCUUCCUAAUGUUUACAUCUUUUUGCUAAGCUAGCUAUAGCCGUCUAUAUACCUAUAGUUUGCUAGGUGAAAGUUAUUUAUUUAUUUUUUUGCUGCAUUAUAGCGUGGACUCUCCGACAUUAAACAUUGGCUCUAUUUCUAGAACUAAUCUUACCCCUAACACCAGCUCCAAACCCUUACCCCAACCGUAAUGCUCUAAACCUCUAACAGUACCUCAAAGGGAUUCCCUCUACUGCUGCCACCAGAGGAAUUUCGCAGAUUAUACAGUACAGACGGCUCUGUACUGUUGGGUCACAGCAUGAGAGGGGGAUUUCCCUUCAAAGCUACUGCUUUUCCUGCUGAUAACGCAGGGGUCGGUGCUGGGCUGCAUGCACAGCCCAGUGCCGAUCAGUAUGAGGCAUCCUGGGAUACCUGACCAAGGUUCUUUCAGACUCUGGGGUUUGCCUCUGUCUCCUGUAAGCUCGGAAUUCUUCAGCUCAUCUGUCAGCCUGUUGUUAAUAAUUGUGGCCCCAACUGACUGAGGGAACCCUCCGUUAUUGAAUAAGGUCUAAGCCAGUCAUGUGUUUAUUAAAGGGUUAGCCUGCAGUAAAGUCACCUGCAGCUGGGGGUUACAGUGAGUGACAUUAUAUAUUACUAUGGAAUUGUGUUUCAGAGAAGUGUAACUAAUGGAUUCCUGUCUGCAUACAUGCUUUCCAUGUUACUAGUUGUUUGCGAAUUUGCCUUGGGUGGAGGCAGGGGGUAAAAGUAUGGCUAAUAUUUUGAAUUCUUUAUUUUCCAUCUGAUUUUCUUUAAUAUCCACAUUCUCAGGGUUUUAUCUAUUUUUUAUUUAUUUUUUAUUUAUUGGUGUCUUAAAUGGUUUCCAUGUAUUCUUAUGUGCUUUUCAGAAUGCUUUAAAGUCACCUGACAAGAAAAGCAUUGGCGAUUACCUCACCCCACAGGAUCGCUGCUUAGCAUGGCUUUCCUACAUUCACCUCAUGGAGUUUAGCUGUCUACCUGCUACAUUCUACGAUCCAUCUAACAGCAACCCCUCCAGAAUGGUUAACAAGGAACCAUUUUUAAUACCUUGGACAACUCCCCAAAGUAUUAUCACUGAACCAGCUAUGCUGCUUGCUGUGUUUGAAGGUUUGUGCCACAAUUGCUUCUCUUUUUCUCUUCCUUUUUCUCCCAAAAUUCAGUGGUUUAUUAUUGUUGUGUGUAUCACCUUAUGAGCACAUGUAAUACCAAGGUAAAAGGUAUUCAAUUGUGGCAAGUACUAACUUUUCGUUAGUUAUACUUGAAGGGACUGCUUUUUAUUACUUCUGUCCCAGAAUUUAUUUAUUUAUUUUUGUAAUUUAUUUUUUUAAUUUUUUCAUAUGUACGUAAUGAAAAAAUAUAUAGCCCCGUUUUUACACUUCGCGCCCCCCUCCGCUCCUUUCUCCCCUUUGCCCCCCUCCUCCGCUCCUUUCUCCCCUUUGCCCCGCUCCUUUCUCCCCUUUGCCCCCCUCCUCGGCUCCUUUCUCCCCUUUGCCCCCUCCUCCGGCUCCUUUUCUUUGCCCGCUCCUUUCUGCCCCCCCUCCUCCGCUCCUUUCUCCCUUUGCCCCCCCCUCCUCCGGCUCCUUUCUCCCUUUGCCCCCCUCCUCCGCUCCUUUCUCCCCUUUGCCCCUCCUCAGCUCCUUUCUCCCCUUUGCCCCCUCCUCUGCUCCUUUCUCCCCUUUGCCCCCCCCUCCUCCGGCUCCUUUCUCCCCUUUGCCACCCUCCUAAGCUCCUUUCCCCUUUGUCCCCUCCUCCGCUCCUUUCUCCCCUUUGUCCCCCUUGUUCAUCCUUUUUUAAUUACCGUCAUCCAUGUACAGAGCCGACUGCAGAUAUGUGUAUGAUAAAUACUAUCCAUUCAAAUGAAACUGCUCCCUGAGACUUCUGCUCACACAGGGCUUAUUAAAAUUAUUAAAAAAAUAUUCUAAUCUUAUUCUGUUUCUGUCAACAUUAUUAGCUGCUGUAUCUUCAUGUUCAGAUGAAAACUUGACUACCAAGCAGAGAAUUGAAGUUUGUCUACCACUUUAUAAAAAUAUGAUUGCGUUGCAUCUUCUUACAAACAGGUAAGUUUUCGUGUUGAAUUUUGGCCUUUGACUAGUUCUGUUAAUACAUGCAAUAUUUAUGUAUAAAAAAAUAUAUACAUAUACUUAAAAAAAUAUAUACAUAUAUAUUUAUUUUUAAGUCCCGAUGCAGCACUGAAUCUCUGCAAAGAAUUGCUGGAAUUUUCUGGUGAUAACUGUGAAAUCCUAGACUUGCUGUGUUCAGUGUAUGUGAAGAUGGGCCAGUCUCAGAGUGGGAUCGACGUUUGGCUUCCUGCAUUCAAGAAUAGUCCAGGAAAUGCACAGGUUUUUUAUCAUGGCUGCAAGUUCCUUGUUGCACAGGUAAGUACGUUUGGCAUAUUCAUUCAGGGUUAUCCCUUAAACUCAGAAUUUUUGCAAACUAGGUUCUGAAAAAACAGAGGCAAAAAUAGUGGCUUUAGAACCAUUUUUUUUUUAUUUUUUUUUUACUCUUGUCCCAUACAUAUUCACAACUUGGCUAUUUUUGCCUCCAUUUUACCAGUCAAUUGUAAUUUACAAAAAUUCAGAAAUAUUAAAUAACCCUGAUUUGUAUUUUUCGGCACAUACACAUUUUUUUUGUUCUCCUUUUCUAGACCAGCUUUGUAUUUUGACCACGUGGCUAAUUUUCUAUGGGUGAAGUCAAUAAUGUGUUUUGGUUUCCAUUAUAUUCUAUUCAUUCAUAUUUUUCUCUCAGGGUCAUUCUGGUCUCAUUCCCUCCCUAAUGCUGCAGUUUGUACAAUCAUUUUGUAAUGACACGGAGAUCAAGCAGGAGAAGCGUAAUCCUGCAGAAAUUCUGAGGUGGGUUCUAGUUUAAUUUUAAAUCAUACAGCAAAUGUUUGUGUAAACUUAUCUUGUCAUUGGCUACUCCUGGAAUCUCACUGUUGUGUGAUGUGUGACUAAUGACCAGGUCACAGACAUCUUGUGGUUUUUGGAGGGUGGGGUGGUUUGUCUUUUGUCCUUUUCCUUAAAACAGGCUUUAUCAUUUAAAUUUAGUAAGUCUGGACUUCAGUUGACCUAAUAUUUAUCUCUCUCUCAAUUAAAGUCCAGACUUUCUGAAUCAGGAGCGGUUUAACGCUUUGCUAAAACUAUAAAUAUGAAUAUCAAUAUUACCAAUGAGAUUAAUCAUACCCAGAAAUCUGCUAAUCUGCACACUUUCUGUGGUGGGAGAGGUUAAAUAUCAGAGCAGUAUUUAUGCCAAAACAUAUAAAUCAUUGCCAUUGUGUAGGUGUCAGGGGUGUCCUUUUUGAGCUGUUUACUUUUCCUAUAGUCAGGGAUAUUGAAUUUGUGGGCUGUAUUGGAGUUAAAUGUAAUAGUUGUUUUAUGAGAUGCUAACAUAGCUUAACUUUUUCUUUCGUGUUAGUUCUCUUUUGAAUUUCACAAAUCCAUUGAACUCUCAGACACCAGCAUGUAAGCCAGAUGAAUCAGUUGACAUUUCAGCUAUGCAAAAACCAUACCUGUGGCUUGUAUUCUGGUAAGCACCCCUUCUUAUUAUCUUGUCUGUCAAACAUUGAUUUAUUUAAAGCCACACAUGUUUAUUUUCCUAUGUGAAACACUUUUUAAUAAACUUUUUAAUAAAACAUUUCAAUCAAGUAUCACUUUACCCAGCCUUGUACUAAAUAGGCAAGUUUGCUUUUGUGCAUUAUUCUACCAAAGUUUGGUUGUUUUUGAAACUAACUUUCUUACCAACAGUCUAUGGAAGACCCUUCUUCCAGGGAACGCUGGCGCAGAAAAUGUGUAUGAAACGGCACUGGGGUCUGUAAUGCAGCAGGAUGUACUUGAGAAACUUUGGAUGGAGUAAGUAGUCUUAGUUUCUGAUACUACAAUGGGCAACGAGUAACACCCAAAACAUUGCAAAAUAAUUUACUGGCUAUCCUUUUCUUUUCAGUUAUCUUGUCUUUACUAACAGAAAGAUUGACACAUCCAAAAAUAAGGCUCAAGACAGCAAACAUUUUACAGAUCUCGUUAACAGAUGUCUGUUGACUGUUCCUACACGAUUUCCCACCCCUUUUAGCACAGCCGAUUACUGGACCAACUAUGAGUUUCACAAUAAGGUAUGUGGAUGCUUUUCUUUCCUGAAGCGGUCAUCCCAUGAAUGCAAAUUUUGGGGGGAUUUGUCUAUCUCCUGUUCAAGAUCUUUGUUCUAUCUCCUCCAAUUAGUAUGCUUCAUUCUUCAAUUUAUUUCAGCAGUUAAAAUUUUGAAUGCUGAAAUAGUAUGAACUAACUUGUGUGGUUAGUCUUUUAUACAAAGACUGAGGUGUUUUUGUUAACACUAUUUUAGAAAAUAUCUUUUUGUUUAAUAAUUUUCAUAGCAUUUUUUUGAAAAUCCUUUCCAUUCCAACAGUGUAUAAUUUUUGUAGUUGCUUUUAAAGAACGGCCUUCUGAAUUUUUAAACUUGUUUUUUUCCUUAUAUAUUAUAUGGCUAAUGCACAAAUAUUAUAUAAUAAAUUCUACAGUUAUCCUCAUUUGGCAUCACUGAUUAGCAGUUCCCCCAAAAUUGUAAGCUUAAGUCUAAUGUCCAUGACCAAUACAGUGUUCUAUAGUGGUUAAAGGAACAUUCUGUCCCAAUUCCAGCUCCAUAACUUUAUUUCAAUAAAGUUGUUUAGGGGCCUGGGUUCCUAUAGGCUUUCUCUCCUUAGAGUGUUAAACUGAUCUUAAAUUCUGUGUGAUAUUUCAAAGAAAAUGCAAUUGAUAUGAAAAUGAUCAUUGUUUAUGUAUGCUAAUGAGCCCUAAUGAUAUAUCUUUUAUAUUGGUAAUUUCUUAAGUAUUCAUACAUAUUGGGUUGUCUUACCUUUCUUUUGUUAUUCUCAGGUCAUAUACUUUUAUUUAAGUUGUGUUCCAAAGGCACAACAUUCCAAAAUAUUGGAACGCUUUUCUUCCAUGAUGCCUUCAAAUCUUGGCCUUGCGCUCAGGUGGGUUAAUAUUUGUUUCAGCCACAAAUUAAGAAUUUGAGUUGUCUAAGGACCACAGGCUCUUUCUAUUAGGCACUUUAGACUUCAGAAAUAACAGGCUGACACAGAUCACUGUCAGAAAUCUGGAACAUGUGCUGGAACAUUUCUAAAACUUUUUAUUUAUUUUUUUAAAUCUAGAUACUGCUGGCAUAGCUGCCAGAAAGUGUAUUGUUUUAAUAUAUCUGAAUCGAACCGGUUAUCAAUUUGUGAAGAACAUGUUAGCUUAAAGUAUGUAAUCUUUUAAUUCACUAGUUCGCCUUGAUACUGUAUGUAAACAGAGCUCCAAACAUGAUUCUUCUUUGUUGUCGACAGACAAAUGCGCAGAUAGACGCUGAUAGAUGUGAAUAUAUGUAGCUCUAUAUCAAAAUUCUGUAUUAUAAAAAGAAACUUAUUUUUUAUAUAUUCACGUUGUACCUUUAUUUGUUUCUAGGGUACUUAAACAAGAGAUGGAGGAGAACAGUAUUGAAAUUGUGAAAAUGCAAUCCAAGAUGUUUACAUAUAUCUUCCCAAUGUGCCUGCCCAUCUGGAAAAUGUAAUGUACAAAAUUAACUGUAAUAUAUAUAUUUAUCUAUUAUGUAGCUUUCAGGUAAAUCUAUUAAUUUAUUCUAUAGGGUCAGGGUUUCACGUCUAUUGUAUGAAUAUUCAUUGUAAGGGAAUUUUACCAUCAUCUGGCUUGCUGUGUAGAUAGUCUUAUGUAACGUUUAUUAUAUGUAUCAUUGUAGCCAUUUAAUCAGGGAAUCGAGGUUUUCUGCUAUAGGCACCUAUUCUAUAUAAGUAUAUACCAUACAGAUAUCUUACUAUGUCUCUUUUUAUUUUAUGUUACUGUGUAUCCUUAGAGCCAUCGCUGUGGAAUCCUUCAUAAAGGGGCAGAAAGAGGUAAGCCUUUGUACUCUUGAUCAAAAGUCUAGAAAAAACAUCCAACUUUAUAUUGCAUUGAUAUUUUUAUAUUUUGGAAUGGCGGUGGGCGACAGAUGCUGUAUAAGCAAUUUUGGUUAGAUGAGUUGCAGAAAAUGUAUUGGAUAUUAUUUGACUGUAUCGCACAUUCGCACUGACCUAUUUUUGGAGUAUAAAUAUAUGCAUUAUAAACUUUUGAGAAAAUUGAAGUAUCACGCCAAGAUUUGUUUGUAAUCUACUGCAGUUGUUUGAUCGGAAUGCUGUCUUAUGUUCUACACUGCCACUAGUUGACCAUAUAUUUUUUCCUUUUUUUCUUUUUUUUUUUUUCUUUCUCCCCCUCCCUCAAUUUUUUUUUACUUCUUACCAGGUCCAUCAGCUGUAUCAAAGAGCCCUUCAGACGUUGCCUCUGUGUGCUACUCUCUGGAAAGAUGUAAUGUUUUCACCCGUUCUUUCUAAUUGGGUUCUAUGUGUCUUAUAUCUGUGUGCCAUAUCCAUUGUGAUUUCUCAGACACUGGCCUAAUCACGUGUGCUUCCCCCAUCUUUUGCAGCAACUCUUGUUUGACGCAUCAGAAGGAGGUAAAAGUGAUAACCUGAGAAAACUAGUUUCCAAGUGCCAAGAGGUUGGAGUCAGCCUAGAUGAGCUCUUAAAUUUAAACACAGAAAGCAAGAAUCGCUGA